CUACCAAUCGCGCGAUUUUCGACGAACUCAAUCUUUGGAUAUCCACCAACCGCACGAUGGGAUUCUUCGCCAAGGCCGCCAUUGCGGUGUCACUCGUUACGUCAGUGUUUUCUUCAUCGCUCUUCGAAGGUUCCGGCAAAGGAAAGAUGUUUCAAUCCAGAACGAAUGGUGCCAGCACAUUUGGCACUUUGGAGCAUCUAUCCCUCGGCCACUGGGUUGUUGGGCCGCUGCCCCUGGGGAAACCAUGGGCAGACCGAACUGUCAACAACACGAACCCGUAUGACACUGCGGCUACUCCCGUGACCGGAAUGACGCGUUCCUACUCUUGGACCGUCACAAACACCACUCUCGCACCCGAUGGAGUUGAAAUCCCAAUGCUCGUCGCAAACGGCCAGUUUCCCGGCCCCCUCAUUGAGGCCAAUUGGGGUGACUGGAUUGAAGUCACUGUAACCAAUGGGCUGGAGACCGAAGGCACCAGCAUUCACUGGCACGGAUUCCUCCAAACUGGAACACCAUACGAGGAUGGUGUCCCUGGUAUUAGCCAGUGCCCUAUUGCGCCAGGGAAGAGCUUCACAUAUCGGUUCCGAGCGGAGUUGUACGGCACGAGUUGGUGGCAUGGGCAUUUAUCCGCUCAGUACAUCAACGGGCUCGCGGGGCCUAUUGUCAUCCACGGUCCGAAGUCACAUGCGUAUGAUAUCGACCUUGGUCCAGUCAUGCUGAGCGAUUGGUUCCACACUUAUUACAAAAACUUACUCGAACAAGUUUAUUAUGCCUCGCCUGUCGGCCCUAUUUUCCCACCCAUGGCUGAAAAUAUGCUAAUCCAAGGGAAAGCAAGCUAUAACUGCAGCAACACCAAGCUGCCCUGUACACCUAAUGCCGGCUCGGCACAGUUCAAGUUCACGUCGGGGAAGAAGCACCUCAUUCGACUCAUCAAUCACAGCGCCGAAGCCCUGAUUUUUUUCAGCAUCGAUGGCUACAACGUGACCGUGAUCGCGAAUGAUUUCGUACCCGUCGAAUCGUAUUCAACCGAUCUCGUGACCAUUGCUGUCGGUCAACGUACGGAUAUCGUCGUCGAAGCCACUGGGAAACCCACCGAUUCAGUAUGGAUGCGCAUCACCGAGGGACCUUGCAAGACCGGUUGCAGUCUCAACGACGGCCUCUCCUUCACCACAACAGCAGCAAUCUACUACGAGGACGCCAACACCGACGUGGCUCCGAACACAACCAGCAGCAUCAAUCCUUCCCGCUAUCUCUUUCCUCUUAACUGCAACAACCAGCCGCUCGACGUUACCGUGCCAGCCUACGUCAUGCCAGCCAAAGAGCCUUCAACUACUCUCUCGUUCCUCAUGACCGGCGGCGACAACAGUACCGGGCAGUUUGUAUGGUGGAUGAACAAUAUCACCUUCCGUGCCGACUGGAACGAUCCGGAAUUACUCGAAGCCAAACUCGGCAACGCCGCCUCCCUGCCCGUCGAACGCGCCCUCUACGACCUCGGCACCAACUCCUCCGUCCGGCUGAUCAUGACCUCGGUCGGGUUCCCCGCCUCGCACCCCAUGCACAUCCACGGCCACAACAUGCAGGUGCUGGCCGAAGGCGUCGGGUCCUGGGACGGCACGACAGUCGUCAAUGCCGCGAACCCACAGCGUCGGGACACGCAGCUGAUCCAGCCGAACGGGUAUCUCGUUGUCCAGAUCGACCUGAAUAAUCCCGGUGUUUGGCCAUUCCAUUGCUACGUCGCAUGGCAUGUCAGCGAGGGGAUGAGUAUCAAUUUCUUUGAGCAGGCGCCGACGCUGGAGAAGGAGGUGCAGAUACCGUAUAAGAUUGCGCAGACGUGUCGGGAUUGGAGUGCAUGGACGGGGGACCAUGUGGUGAGUCAGAUUGAUUCGGGGUUGUAGGAUGUGAGACAAAAGGAAUGAUCUAUGUUUGCGCGAUGGAUGUGAUGUGAGGGAAUGAGGAGGUCAUGCUUGAUGCACUUUUGUAUACUAUUUGAUAAUUUCAAGAUUAGAAUCCUGUGUAUAUGAGGUUGCGGCCUUUGCGACUGUGAAUGGUUUACAUGGAUUAGUUAAGCGUCAAAGAGGCCGCGAGUGGAAGAAAUCAUAAGAGGCGAAAGUUCAUAGGCCACGGAAGUGGUGUUAUACCGAGGCGGAACGU